AUGCAGAAGGAGGAGAUGGUUCAGGCUGGGGAACUUAAUAAGAAGUAUGGGUUCACUACCGCUGAUUUUCCUCCUAAAGCUCCCGUCCCUGAGCAUGGGCGGUAUGGAGAUCUGGCGUCGAAGCAGAUCCCCAAGCUUUCAGCAAAGCAAGUUAAGCUUGCGAUGAAGCAGGAUGAGAAGUCAUAUGAUCAGACUCAUCAUGAGCUGAAGCUGGCUCAGGGAGCUUUGGCUGCCAUGGAGAAGGAUACUUUAAGGCACCACACGGUGGCGGAGAAAGGGGGUCUUCGCCCAGCCAAGGAGAUUGAAUGGGAUAAGGAGAAUAUGAUCAAGACCACUAGUGCCAAGAAGACAGUCGAUGCCCUGUCGUCACAGCUCAAGCAGAGAGAAUUGAAGCUCGACGCAGACGUCAACGAGAUGAUGGCUCUGCAAAAGAAGGCUGGCAAGUCGACCAUGGGUUGGCUGGGCUCGCACAUUCUCCACGGGCUGUCCGACCGGAGGAACGCUCCGACGAGUCAGCAGAUGCAUCUCUUGCACCGAACCAGCCCGCACGUCCAGACCAGGAGCACGCAGUUGAGGUCGCAGCAUGGUUCCCCGGAUCCAGCGCAGCGCGGGGCUGUCAGCUACAUUAAGGACCUCGCUAGUGCUGGGCUAUGUGGGAUGUUUGGGGUUGCUUGCUAAACGCUUGUAUUUUGAUUACAACUCGUUUGAUACAUCUGUCACUCCAGACCUUUUAGUUCGCCUCUAAUCCCUUCUUGUAAGCAUCGAAAUCGAAGAAGCACAUGAUCUUUCCAGUCACAUCGUCAAAGUCUGAAUCGCCCCCACAACUGUUACCCGAUGAGUACGCCGUCCAAUCGAACCCAGACUUAACCAACUUUGCAUUCGAGCAACAGGAUUUUUCGUCGUCAUCAUUCUCAUCACAGUUGCCGUACCAGUGCGCCCUGCGCUUUCCUGAUCCCAUGAUGCUGUAGCUUUGCGCCGUUGCAACAGGGCCAUCAAUGAUUCCCUUGUUCCCGUACUUAGCAAGCAUACAAAUAUUUCGAGCCUGAUUGGACCCCGUUCCAUGAUGAUUGUCAUCAAACGUCUUCCCUCCGAAACGGAGCCCGUCGUCAUUCGAAAGAAUAAAUCCUGCUUUCUCAUCGCAGUGCUUGCACAGUUUCUCGCACUUGCCACACAGGUUGUCCUUUACGCCCAGCGCGAAGCAAUUCUUCGUCUUCAAGUAGCACUGUCCUUCCGGCCACUCUCCGCUCGUCUUAACGUUGGCCACCUUGGGCGGACCGAUGCCAUUGAAACCGGCUUUUCCAGGAGGUCCAGGGGACCCGGGGGGGCCAGGUUUACCAGCCUGUCCCUUCUCACCUUCCGGUCCUCUCUUUCCUGGAGCCCCGUUCUUUCCUGAAGGGCCUGGAGCUCCCGGAGGU